AUGGUCGAGAGAGAUACGUUCCGCGUCCAAGGAGUGCCUCUGGACUGGAGUGUGACCCGUCUACGAGCUUGUCUGGAAGAACAUGACCCUUCAUCAAGCCCAGCCAUACGAUCCUUCGCCCUUGAAGACGGUCGUCGCUCCUAUACAGCUACCGUGGUAUUUAAGACCCGUCCAUUGGUGACGCAAGGCCCGAAGCCGUGGGACAUUUCAUUGAGCGAGUCGGGAGAGAACCACUCCUCCGAGACCGACUGCAUCACAAUUGACGAUGAUUUGCUCGGCAUGACUACUCUAUACAUGCCGUCGGCCGACAAUCACAAAGUGGAUAUUAUUGCUCUAGGCAACAUGAGUGGAUGCCCCUUAGACUCCUUCGAAGAUGAGGCAAGCAAUCAUGUCUGGCUCAGAGAUGCCCUCCCCGCUCAGCUUCUCAAUAAGACAAGUCGGCGGCCAAUGGCGAGAGUCAUGACAUAUGGUUUUGAAUCUUUGUUGAACAGAAAGUGUGGUCCGGCGACUUUUCAAGCUAUCGGGAAUGCCUUUCUCAAGAGUCUCAUGACUCUACGCAGUCCCUCCGUUGCUACCCCUACGAUACUCAUUGGUCACGGUGUCGGAGGUCUUAUUAUCACACAGGCCUUGGUAAAUUUGUCUAUCUCAGAAAGAGAGUCGGAUCAAACUCUUCUCGAUGGAAUUCGAGCAGUGUUUUUCUUCGCCGUACCUAACAAUAGCAGGGGUAUAGCAUCUCUGUGCUGUAGCGAAGCAGAAGACGGUUCCAGACAGCAACUCGAAGAUUCGCUGAGUCAAGACGAGUCUGAGAUUCUGAGACAGAUGCUCAUGAAAGUCUUCACUCUGAGGCAUGAGACCCGGAUCUUCAGUUUUUAUGAGACGCUGGAAUCUGCAAUCGCGCAAAAAGUAAGACAUCGGGAUUCUCCAUUGCAUGAACCAGAUACUGACUCGCACAAGGAUGGGAGCGUUCAGAAGGGAGUUGUUUUGUCGAGGGCUUCAGCAAUUCAUCGCCAUCCGUGGGCCGGUGACGACCUGCUCGAGUGCGCGAUACCACGAACUCAUGCAGAUAUAGCAAAGUUCGAGCCGCACGAUCCUGAGUAUGAUGCUGUUAGAAACACACUGCUCCGGUUAGUAAGGCAAAUAACGAGUGAUUGA